GAUGAGCACGCGAGUGUGAGUGAGAGAGUGAUGUGAUUGAAUCUGUGGGAAAAUGGAUUUUGUGUGUCCCUCAUGGUGAGUUCUCGAUUGCGAAAUGGGAAAUCGUCGCUCAGCAGGGUGGAAUAGUUCUCCAACCCCAUUCCACUUACAACAUCCCCAUGAGAUGCAGCACAUAUCAAGGGGCAAAAAGUCACAGAAAUUCAGUAUCUUGUGAACCCAUCUCGUGAACGCUUUGCUCAAAUCAGUGCUCCUCCGUCUAUCCUUAUAACACUUCCUAUAUCCUCCAGGAUGUGAAGUGGUAGCAAUUGAGAGACAUCUGCUACGGACAUCCAUAUAAUAUCUAUAGUGCCAAGUUCAAAAGUGACUGGUGAAAGAGUGCUCAAAAGCUUUUAUAGGAGUGCAUAAUCAACAGGUCGGCAAUGAAAUUGGGGAAAUUGAUAGACCCAACAGGGAGUAGUGUUGCGAAUGCCACUUAGAAAGGGAAGAAGUCCAGUAACUGGCACAGCCGCCACGUCUACACCUCACCAGGCGGCUGCUACAGUUCCCCACAUUGUUGCACCCAUUGGUACAUUCCUGGCACCAACAACGACCUAUGUGAGUGUACCAAGGAUUCCACAAGAUCCUCUAACGGCAUGCCUGGAUGCCAAUGGCACGUACAUUUGUACAGCCUACAACUCCAGAUGCCUCAUCAUCCAAAAGGUAACUCCACAGGUAAUUGGCUUCGAGGGCAUUAAUCCUGAAGAAUACGCAGAUUAUUGCAAAAGCGCCUCAAGUACUGCUCCAUCCUGCGAUGGAUAUUUCUAUGCCGUUCCCGAGUGUCCGACUUUUGAUCCAUCGGCAACCCAGUGUGUCGGGUAA